AUGUGGACUCAGCUCCUUCUAGGAAUAUUGACUCUAUCACCAGCCAUUGCAGAAAAAUAUCUCCCAAACUCUCUGGUGACAGUACCAGCCCAGCUUAACUUCCCCUCUACCCAGAAAGUUUGUUUGGAUCUGCGCCCGGGGUUUCAUGAUGUAAAAUUCACUAUUACUCUGGACACCCAGGACAAGACCCAGAAGUUGCUAGAAACCUCUGAAUCGAAGAAAAGGCACUUGCAGUGCAUCUCCUUUCUGGUACCACCUCCUGCUGGUGGCACAGAAGUGGCUACAAUCUGGGUGUCGGCGACCGGAAGUAAUAUCAGCUUGGAGGAGAAGAGAAAGGUUCUAAUUCAGACAGGGAAUGGCAUCUUUAUACAAACUGACAAACCUGUCCACAACCCAGGGCAGGAAGUGCACUUCCGCAUUGUCACCCUGAACAGCAGCUUUGUUCCAGUGAAUGACAAGUACUCCAUGGUGGAGCGGCAGGAUACAAAUAGCAACAGGAUUGCACAGUGGCUGGAGGUGGUGCCUGAGCAAGGCAUUGUAGACCUGUCCUUCCAUUUGGCACCAGAGGCAACGCUGGGAACCUAUACAGUAGAAGUGGGGGGCACGACCUUUGGCACCUUCAGUGUGGAAGAAUAGGUGUUGCCGAAGUUUAAGGUGGACGUGAUAGAGCCCACAGUGGAAGAAUCCUUCUUAGUGAAAAUCUGUUGUAGGUACACCUACGGAAAGCCCAUGCUAGGGGCAGCCCAGGUAUCGGUGUGUCAAAAGGCAUAUACUUACCAUUUUCCAGAGGCAGAACGGGAACAGCUACCUGACAAAUGCAGGAACCUUUCUGGACAGACUGACAAAGCAGGAUGCUUCUCCGCUUCUGUGGACAUGUCCACCUUCAACCUCACUGGUUACAUGUACAGCCACACCAUCAAUAUUGUGGCUACUGUGGUGGAGGAAGGAACAGGGGUAGAAGCCAAUACCACUCAGGAUAUCAACAUUUCUUCACAAGUGGGAUCAAUAACCUUUGAAGACACCAAAAAUUUUUAUUACCCCAAUUUCCCCUUCAGUGGGAAGAUAAGAGUUAGGGGCCAUGAUGGCUCCCUUCUCAAGAAUCAUUCAGUAUUUCUGGUGAUAUAUGGCAUAAAUGGAACCAUCCACCAGACCCUAACUACUGACAAUGAUGGCCUUGCUCCCUUUAAGCUGGAUACAGUUAAUUGGAAUGGGGGAGAUAUUUCUCUGGAGGUUUCCUUUGGCUUCUCACCUCCCCAGCAGCUUCCAGGAGCAGAUGUGGAAGUACAGCUACACAGGCAGCUCUUGGGUCCCUGCGUGCAGUCUGGGCUGUGGAUGAGUGUCUUACUACUUAGGCCUGGGUCCCUGCGUGCAGUCCGGGCUGUCUAUAGGAUGUUCUCAUUCUGGUAUGGUCACUACCCCUAUCAGGUGGCUGAAUAUGAUGAGUGUCCAAUGUCUGGCUCCUGGGAUGCUCCUCAGCCCCUCUCAGUUAUGUAGAGGCCUUGGUUCUCUGAAGGCACUUCACUCUCUGGUUUCUUUGGUGCCUCUCACGGCAUGGGCCUGAAAAUACUGUCCAAUGCCAAAAUUAAGAAGCCAGUAGAUUGCAGUCAACAGUCUCUAAAAUACAGCAUUGCAAUGUCUGGAGGUGAGCUACCUGGGUGGCUUGAGAGUUUUGAGUCAUCAUCAUCUUCAUCACUUCAGGCAGAGAACUCUCAGGUCUGCCAAUACUUCCUGGAGACUUGGCUCUGGGAUCUGUUUCCUACUGGUGACUCUGGGAGGGAGGCUGUCCAUGUCACCGUUCCUGACACCAUCACCGAGUGGAAGGCCAUGACUUUCUGUACCUCCCAGUCCGGAGGCUUUGGUCUUUCACCUACUGUUGGACUGACUGCUUUCAAGCCAUUUUUUGUUGAACUGACACUCCCUUACUCGGUAGUUUGUGGGGAAUCCUUUCGCCUUACUGUGACCAUCUUCAGUUAUCUGAAGGACUGCGUCAGGGUUCAGACUAACCUGGGUACAUCAGAUAAGUACCAGGUGGAAUCAUGGACAGAUUCUCGGGGCUCCAGCUAUCUCUGUGCUGAUGAAGCAAAAAGCUAUCACUGGAAUAGCACAGCUACCAAAUUGGGUCAUGUGAACUUUACCGUCACUACUAAGAUUCUGGACAGCAAUGAACUCUGUGAGGGGCAGAAGGGGUUCGUUCCAGCAAAGGGCCAGAGUGACACACUCAUCAAACCAGUUCUGGUCAAGCCUGAGGGAGUCCUUGUGGAGAAGACAUACAGCUCCUUGCUUUGCCCAAAAGGACAAGUGGCUUCAGAGUCCAUCUCCCUAGAGAUCCCUGUGGAUGUUGUUCCUGAUUCAAGCAAGGCUUAUGUUACGGUUCCGGGAGACGUUAUGGGCACAGCCCUGCAGAACCUAGAAAAUCUGGUACAGAUGCCAAACGGCUGUGGGGAGCAGAACAUGGUCUUGUUUGCUCCCAUAAUCUACGUCUUGCCGUACCUGGAGAAGGCAAGGCUGCUCACUGAGGAAAUCAGGUCUCGGGCUGUGGGUUUCCUGAAGCUAGGGUACCAGAAGGAGCUAACGUACAAACACAGCGAUGGCUCAUACAGUGCCUUUGGGGAGCAGGAUGGAGAUGGAAACACAUGGCUGACAGCGUUUGUCACCAAAUGCUUUGGCCAAGCUCAAGAAUUCAUCUUCAUUGAUGACAAUAGUAUCCAAGAUGCUCUCAAGUGGAUGGCAGUAAACCAGCUCCCCAGCGGUUGCUACGCCAGUGUGGGAACUUCGCUCAUUCACGCAGCUAUGAAGGGCGGCGUUGGUGAUGAGCUUUCCCAGAUGGCGUACCUCAGAGCGGCAUAGCUGGAGAUGGGAAAGACCAUCCAGGACCUGAUGGUGAGUCAGGGUCUGCAGUGCCUCAGGGGCUCGGUUUCCUCCACUACCAGCCUCUACACACAAGCCCUCCUCGCUUAUACUUUCUCUCUGGCUGGGGAGAUGGACAUCAGAAACGCUCUUCUCGGAAAGUUAGACCAGCAAGCUAUCAUCUCAGGAGAGUCCAUUCACUGGAGCCCAAAGCCUGCUCCGUCAGUGGAUGCCAGACCUUGGUCUCAGCCUGAGGCUGUAGAUGUGGAACUGACAGCAUAUGUAUUACUGGCCCAGCUUAGCACAGCCAGCCUGACUCAAAAAGAGAUUGCCAAGGACACUGCCAUAGUGGCUUGGUUGGCCAAGCAACGUAAUGCAUAUGGGGGCUUCUCUUCUACUCAGGAUACUGUAGUUGCUCCAGCUCUCGCCAAAUACGCCACUACUGCCUAUGUGUCAUCUGAGGAAGUCAACCUGGCUGUAACAUCCACUGAGAAUUUCCAGCACGCUUUCAACAUUCAGGCUGCCAACCGGUUGGUACUUCAGCAGGAGACUCUGCCCAAUGUCCCUGGGGUGUACACCCUGGAGGCCUCUGGCCAGGGCUGCAUCUAUGUGCAGAUGGUGCUGGAAUACCAUAUCCCCCCUCCUAAAUUUGCGGACACCUUUAGUCUUAGUGUGGAAAUGGGAAAAGCUAAAUGUGAGCAAGCUAUUCCACUUUAAUCCUUGACGCUCGCUAUCCAUACCAGUUAUGUAGGGAGUCACAGCUCUUCCAAUAUGACCAUUGUAGAAGUGAAGGUGCUUUCCGGGUUCAGUCUGGAGGGCACCAAUCAGUUACUUCUGCAACAACCUCUGGUGAAGAAGGUUGAAUCUGGAACUGACAUACUGAACAUUUACUUGGAAGAUCUGAGUAAGAAGACUUAGACCUAUACCUUCACCAUCAGCCAAAGUGUAUUGGUCACUAACCUGAAACCAGCAACCAUCACAGUCUAUGACUACUACCUCCCAGAUGAACAGGCAACAGUUCAGUACUCUGACCCCUGUGAAUGAGGAUAGAAGUUGGAAAGAGACUAAUUUAAUCCUCUGUGACAUUACUGGAC